AUGGCUACCGCAGAUCCCGACAUGGUACCCCAGGCCUGGGAACCCGUGAUUGAGAUUGGCCUGGGAGUUAUUGACGAUUCCGAACAAAAACUUCGAAAUUUGAAUAAGACCAUUCACAGCCACCCAGAGUUAGCCUUCCAAGAGUUCGCGGCUGUCAAAGAAAUUACUACAUUUCUUCACAACGAAGGUUUCGAAGUCCAGAAACAUGCUUACGGCCUGGAGACGUCCUUCGCCGCGGAGGUUGGUAGUGGUGGACCGUUGGUAAUCAUUUGUGCGGAAUACGACGCACUUCCCAACAUCGGACAUGCUUGUGGGCAUAACUUGAUCGCAACAUCCUCAAUUGCAGCCUUCUUGGCUGUAGCGAGGGUGAUCCGAAGUGAUCUGAAGGCUGGCAGAGUAAGACUCCUAGGCACACCAGCUGAAGAAGGACAAGGUGGGAAAGUCAAAUUAAUCGAAGCAGGAGCUUUCAAGGAAGAAGACAUUGCAGCUGCAAUCAUGGCUCAUCCAAUCUCGACUCAUCAAUUGGAGAGGGGAUAUACCGGCUUAGCUGGCAUGGACAUGAUUGCAUCUCAUAAAUUCAAAGUCGAGUUCCAUGGACGUCCAGCCCAUGCAGGCGGCCAGCCAUGGAAUGGUCUAAACGCACUUGACGCUGCGAUCGCAACUUACAACAAUGUCUCCAUGCUACGACAGCAGAUGAGGCCCGAUGAGCGCGUUCAUUGCGUUAUCGAAGAUGGUGGAACAGUACCAAAUGUCAUCACGCAGUAUUCUCGCAUGAACUGGUAUGUGCGCAGCCCCUCCAUGAAACGAUGUGACGAGUUGUUGGAAAAGGUUGAGAAGUGCUGCGAAGCAGGUGCCCUCAGCACUGGAUGCGAGUUCAACUUUAUCCGAGCCCCGACAUACAAGAAUAUAAGAGUCAAUGAGGUACUGUGUAAACAGUAUGUCGACGACAUGGCGCGCCUGGGAGAACGUGUACUUUUCAGAGAUGCCAACACAUUUACUGCUUCGACCGAUAUGGGGAACGUCUCCCAUGAGGUACCAAGUUUUCAUGGCGGGUUCACCAUUCCGACUGAAGACAACAUCUCACCACAUCACCCCAAGUUUGCAGAGGCAGCGGGUGGUGACCAAGCACAUAAAGCAGCCAUCAAGUGCGGGAAAGGGCUGGCAAGGCUAGCAAUUCGGGUUCUUAGCGACCCCAGCUUGGCUGAGUCUGCCAGGAAGGAAUUUCGAACAACAAAGGACGAUUGA